CUCCUCCAAAGACGAUGUCGACGAAUGAUAUAAGAGAUCCUUGAUUUUAGCUUUUUCCCUGAAAGAUUUCUCACCUCUUGAAUCAGCAGAGCCAAACAGAUAGUUGGAGACCGCGCCGUGCUUCCAUGGUUAAAGAGGUCGGAGUCGAAGUUUCAGCCUUGGCAGGUAGUGAUGACGGUUGCGAUUCGCCGAACGACGCAGCCUCUCAUAAUGGACGCGAUCGACGAGUUCCGCUACAGUUCAUCCUGGUGUAGCUCCUUAGCUUUGCAUCUCGAUACCACCGCUGCUGCGCUCCAAGCGCGCUUCAAGGAGCUGCAGCUAGCGGAGGGAAGGGUAGAGGAAGGUAUGAAGGAACUGGAGCGGAAGAAAAAAGAAGUGGAGAAGGAGAUCGAGGCGGCGAAACGGACGCUGGCGGUGGUCGAUGCGAGGGACGGGGCGUUCGAGCUCCUGACGAAGAGGGAGAUUUCGGGCCAGAAAAAGCACAUUGAAGCAGAGUUGGAGGAAAAGCGAAGGGAAGUCGAGGCGAAGGAGAAGGGAAUCGAGGAAUGCCUGAAGCGGUUCGGGCUGAGGGUAAGGGAGAAGGGAUUCGAGGAGCAAUUGGCGGAACUCCAGGUACGUUUGAGUCAACUGAUUUCUGAUGAGGGAGAGUUGGAUGAGGAAGAGAGACAAUGGAGAAAAAUCGAAUCGAAUACUAAGCGUUGCUUUGAUGAGUUGAGAGCAAAAGAGAAUGAGUUGGAGCGGAGAGUGGUUGAAUUCAAUCGGAAAGUGGCGACACCUUAUUUGCGUUUGGCUGAAGUGAGCAAGGGAGAGAAGUACAUAGAUGAGAGGGAGACUGAGUUACUAGAACUCAAAGUGAAAAAAUCGUUGAACGAGCUCAAGUCGAGUGAGGAAAAACUUAUGGACAAAUGCAAGAUUCUUGACAAACGGAUCAAAGAUGUUGAACUGAAGGAGAAGCAGCUGGAAGAGAGGCUUAAGGAAUUCGACCCUGAAGAAGGUCAGGAGUCAUUUUCAGAGUUUGAAAAGAAGCGGGCUCAGAAAAUAUGUAGAGAAGGCGCUGCCUUACUUUCGUACCACCUAAAACUGUUAAAAACACAGAAGUCAGAAAGGUCAAAUUCACCACCAGCUCAGCUGCCGGAAAGGUUAUCCAGCGACCAAGGCUGCAAUUCUCCUAUCCCCAUCAACGAAGCAGUUUCCUCGCCCUCGAAAUCGCUGUCUGUGCCACAAGGUCGUGAUGCAAGUCAUGAAAUGAUAUGCUUGAGACUCGAGAAUAUACUAAAACGCAGGGAGUUGGCCGACAGGUUUGGUGCCCACAUUUCAGCCCUGGAGCAGAAGGAAGAGAAACUUGAAGCACACAAGAACUUGGAAACCGGUGCUGGAGGACCUCCUUCCUUGCUGGAUCGUUGUUGAACCGACAGAAAUUCCUUCUGCAUCCUCCAAGGCUAAUGUCAAUCCAAUCGCAAUGCCAUUUACUGACUCGGUUUCUUAUCUUUUUUGCUUCAACCUCUGAAUUGAGCGAUUGUAUUAGUUACUUUUUAUAUGCUUGGUCAUCCCUAGGCGUGAUUGACAUGAGUGUACUCAGUCGUAUGAUGCUUAAAUCAUUGUUUACCUAUUUAUUCAUGGACAUAUAAGUAGUAGUCUGCGGACAUAUACAAAAUUAUGAGU